GGACGAGACAUUAAAGGCUUAGCCAGGACGGUGACAGUGACAUCUUCCUGCAAGGGAGCACCGAGCAAAGGUGACUCAGUGGCACGGGCAGGGGACAGGCACCAUUUCCCCAGCGCUCCCGCGGGGUGUCACAGAGCUCCCAGCGCCCAGGCCAGCUCUGAGGUCUCUGUGCCAGCCCAGUGGGGACAGGCGUGUGCCCGGCUGGGACACAGCAGCGCCUCCGGGUCCCGCCCAGCCCGGAGCCCCUGCUGCUCGGGAAAGGCUGAGCCUGCAUGAGCAGGGAAGGGUGAACAGCAGCUUCGGGCUCCGCUCUGCUCUCUGCUCACUUUCCUCCCUGGAAUUCCUCCGUUUCUUUCCCUGCUCGGCAGAGCAGUGAAGAUGGAUGCUGGAUGGGCUGGGCUGCUCAUCACCCUCCUCCUCCUCCUCUCUGUCCUGUGGUUCCUGGUCUGGAAGAGUGACACGAAGAGGAGCCAGCUGCCUCCUGGCCCAGCCCCGUGGCCCAUCCUGGGCAACCUGUGGCAGAAAGAUGUCCUGCCCCUCUACAGGCACUACGAAAAGCUCAGCUGCACCUAUGGCCCCAUCUUCACCGUGUGGCUGGGGCUGAAGCCGGUGGUGGUGCUCUGUGGAUACGAAGCAGUGAAGGAUGCCCUGGUGGGACACUCCGAGGAGUUUGGGGGCAGGCCCGAGAUCCCCCUCCUGAAGCAGCUCUCUAAAGACUACGGAUUUGUCUCCAACAAUGAGAAGAAGUGGCGGGAGCUGCGAAGGUUCACACUCAGCACCCUGCGGGACUUUGGGAUGGGGAAGAGCUCCAUGUCCCAGAAGGUGCAGCAGGAGGCUCAGCACCUGGUGGAGCUGCUGACAAAGCUCAAAGGCAAUGCCUUUGAGCCGAUGACCACGUUCAGAUACGCAGUGUCCAACGUGAUCUGCUCCGUGGUCUUCGGGAGCCGCUACAGCUACAGCGAUGCAGCUUUCCUGGAGCUGCUCAACACCAUCGGGAACUACAUCAGCUUCUUCCUGUCCCCCAUUGCCAAGGUGUACAACACCUUUCCCAGCAUCAUGCACCGGCUUCCGGGGCCGCACAGGAAGGUCCUGGCCGACUGCCAGAAGCUGAAGGACCACAUCCAGGAGAAGGUGCAGUUCCACCAGCUGACUCUGGACUCCAGCUGCCCCCGGGACUACAUUGACUGUUUCCUGAUGAGAGCAGAGAAGGAGAAGGGCAGCCCAGAGACCAUGUACAGCCACGAAGACCUGAUCAUGUCAGUGUUCAGCCUCUUUGGUGCCGGGACAGUGACAACCAGCAACACCCUGGUGUUCUUCCUGCUGAUGCUGGCAAAGCACCCCCACAUCCAAGCCAAGGUCCAGGAGGAGAUCGAUGCCGUGGUGGGCACUGGCCGUGCUCCCAGCACGGAGGACAAGCUGCAGAUGCCCUACACCAACGCCGUGAUCCAUGAGCUGCAGCGCUUCCACAAGACCCGCAUCGAGAACUUCCCGCGCAUGACGACGCAGGACGUCCUGUUCAGGGGCUACACCAUCCCCAAGGGCACUCCUGUUAUUCCGGUGCUUUCCUCUGUGCAUUCGGAUCCAACCCAGUGGGAGAACCCCAAAGAAGUGAACCCCGCACACUUCUUGGAUGAGAAGGGCGAGUUCAGGAAGCGUGAGGCCUUCAUGGCAUUCUCAGCAGGGAAGCGGAUGUGCCCGGGGGAGGCGCUGGCCCGCAUCGAGCUCUUCCUGUUCCUCACCACUCUGCUGCAGAACUUCACCUUCCAGCUGGCCACCGAGCACAGGGAGCUGGAUUUGUUCUCCCUGUGGCUUGAGAUUGAGAGGAGGGCAAUCCCAGGCAAGUUCUUGGCUGUCCCACGCUCAGUGUCCUCCUAACCUGGGAGAGCAGAGCAGGGAAAGGCUCUUCCAGGUGCCUGCACCCCUGCCCCAGAGUGAGCCCUCUGGCCACGAGGGCUCAGCCACAGCCACCACUGGAGGGACAGUUUGGGAUUGGAGUUUCUUGCCCAAGAACUGUUGGGCACCUCUGCCACCAUCUCCAUGAGCAACGUGCUUCCAGCCCUUCCCAUCCCAAGAACAUGAGGAUCAUGCUCCUGGCACUGCUUUUCCCCCCAUCCCCAUCAUUGCUGUUUGAGCUCCUCAUGGCAGAGCUGCCUGGGGCUCCUGGGCUGGGCGGGGGCUGCCUCAGUUUGGUGAUGGAUUCAGAGAGCUCUGCAAUGAAAAUAACAAUCUCAAUAAUAAAAAUAACCAUCAGAACAGGA